GAAUCGAACUCACGCAUUCUGCUGUAUCAUGUCGUCCCGCUGAGGCUCGGCUCGCACGCUCCCCCCCCGCAGACAGCAUGUUUCCUCCUCGGUGUUCCUCCAGCCGGCGGCUCCCUCUCGGCCCGGCCCUGUGGCUGCUGGCCUGUGCGGGCUGCCUGCUGUCCCGGUCCGGAGCCCAGGAGGCGGGCAGCUCCGGCUCCAGCAGCAGCCUGUGGUACCAGGAUCUGUGCAGUUAUAAAUGGGAAGCUAACGACGGCGUUAACAAAGUGAGCUACACGUUGAAGCUGUGCGAGUCCUCCCCCUCGACCGGCUGCGGCCCCGGCGCCGCCGUCUGCGCCCUGGACCUCGUCUCCGGCACCAAACAGUCUGUGGGUGAGCUGUCGCUGCAGAGGCUCUCUGGCGCCGUGUUGGAUUUCAACAGCACAACGAAAUGUCCAGGAAACAAAAACAACAUUCAGACGAGCAUCAGCUUCCAGUGCGGGAAGACCAUGGGGACCCCGGAGUUUGUUGCUGUGUCCCAGUGCGUCCAUUACUUUGAGUGGAGGACGUUCAGCGCCUGCAAGAACGGCAAAUUCAAGCCGCACAAGGAGGUGCCCUGCUACGUGUUUGACUCCGAUGGGAAGAAGCACGACCUGAACCCGCUGAUCAAAGUGAACGAUGGUUAUCUGGUGGACGACGGAGACGACAGCAUCGACUUCUACAUCAACAUCUGCCGCAGUCUCAACCAAGCAGAUAAACCCUGUCCCGAUGGCUCGGCAGCUUGUCUGGUCACCAGUCAGGGCUCCUUCAGCAUGGGCUCUCCCAGCAAACCACUGGAACUGGUGGACAGCGACAGUCUGAGGUUGCAGUACGAAGUGAGCGCUGGUUCGACUCCUCCUGACAUCUGCAAGGGUCACAGUCCUGCCGUCAGCAUCACGCUCAUCUGUCCGUCAAGCAGACACUCAGGCAGUCCUCCUAAGAUGACGGCGGAGUCUCACUGCCGGUACGAGGUGGAGUGGGUGACGGAGUACGCCUGUCACAGAGACUAUCUGGAGAGCUCGACCUGCAAACUGACCAGUGACCAGCACGACAUCUCUAUAGACCUGACUCCUCUCACUCUGAGCUCCUCUGACCCGCAGUACUACGCACAUUCUGAUGCCAGUGACGGGUCCGAAAACUACGUGUACUACCUGAGCGUGUGUGGACAGAUCCUCAACAAGGAGUGUGGCGAGGGGCCGUCCAUAUCGUCCUGCCAGGUGAAGAAGAGCCCGCUCAUGAGCAAAGUGGCUGGAAGGAACAAGAACCAGACGUUACGUUAUUCAGACGGAGAUCUGACUCUGAUCUACCCGGACGGAGACAGAUGCUCCUCUGGAUUACAGAGAAUGACCAUCAUCAACUUUGAGUGCAGCAACAACGCCUCCAACGGCGGCCGAGGGAAUCCCGUGUUUGCCGGAGAGACGGACUGCACCUACUACUUUGACUGGGAGACGUCCUUCGCCUGUGUGAAGGAAAAGGAGGAUCUGCUGUGUCGGGUCAGAGAUGGACACAAACACUACGACCUCUCACCUCUCACACGAUACCCUGAGACAGAGGACAGUGGGAACUGGGAGGCGGUGGACGCUAACUCUCCACAGCCGGACUCACGUUUCUACCUGAACGUCUGUCACAAAGUCGUCCAGACAGGAGGAGCCGUCGGCUGCCCGGUGAACUCCUCCAUCUGUGUCGUGGAUAAGGAGCAUGGGCCCAUCAGCCUGGGAAGCUUCCUCUCGUCGCCCCAGAAGACAAAAAUAGGGAACGACAUCCAACUGGUUUAUACUGAUGGGAAUUUCUGCGUCAAUAAAAAGACCCGGAUCCAAACUAUCCUGACCCUCAAGUGCAAACCAGGAGAUCUCGAGAGCGCUCCCGUCCUUCGCAGCGUUUCCAACGACGGGUGCGUGUACGAGCUGGAGUGGUACACCGCCGCCGCCUGUGUGCUCUCGAAAACUCAGGGAGACAACUGCAAGGUGGAGGAUCCUCAGGCUGGAUUCUCUUUCGACUUGUCGCCUCUCUCUAAAAAUGGCAGCUUCUACAACCUGACCAGUGGAAACUACGACUACUACAUCAACGUGUGUGGCCCCGUCAAAGCCGCCGACUGUCCGGUGAAGGCCGGAGCGUGCCAGGUUGAAAAGAGUUCGUGGAAUCUCGGGGAUGCAAACGCUCAUCUGUCGUAUUACGACGGCCUGAUCCAGUUGUCGUACACCAACGGCUCCCAGUACAACAACAAGGAACACACACUCCGAUCCACUGUCAUCUCCUUCCUCUGUGAUCCAGAAGCAGGAGCUGGAAACCCCGAGUUCCAGGCCGAAGACAAGUACACGUAUAACUUCCGCUGGUACACAUCCUACGCAUGUCCCGAAAGGCCCCACGAGUGUUUGGUGACAGAUCCCAACACCUUUGAGCAGUACGACUUAUCCAGCCUGUCUCGCUCCAGCACCAGUGACAACUGGCAGCCCAUGGAUUUGUCCAACCAGAAGAAAUACUACAUCAACAUUUGCCGGCCGAUCAACGCGGUGCCCGGCUGCGACCGCCACGCGUCCGCCUGCCAGAUGAAGUUCGUGUCCAAGCAGGGCUCCACGAAGGAGGUUGUGUCCAUCAGUAACAUGGGGAUUUCCAAGGGAGGCCCGAUCAUCGAGGGGCGGGACCGGCUGCUGCUGGAGUUCACAGACGGAUCUGUGUGCAUGUCUGACGGCCAGAAGCUCACAUACACCACCCGCAUCCACCUGGUCUGCUCCCGGGGGGCUGGGUCGACCGGCCCACGGUUCCUCAUGCUCCAGAACUGUACAGCCAACUUCAUGUGGGAGACCCCGGCAGCCUGCGCCAUCCGAACCACCAAGAACAAUAGCUGCGCUGUGACAGACCCCAACACCGGCUUUGAGUUCAACCUGCAGCUUCUGGCUUCAAAGACGGGAUACAAGACGACUGCAAACGGGAAGGACUUCCUGGUGAACAUCUGUGCAGAAGUAUCACAGUGCGGAGCUGGCAUGGCCGGCUGUGUGCUGGAGGAGGGGCAUCCCUCCAGCCCAGUGGGGGUGGAGAAGUCCCUCCAGUACUCCACCGAUGGGCUGCUCCAACUCACGUACAAGGGGCCGCUGGACGAUCCCACAGCGACUCGAGACACGUUCACCAUUAAUUUCGUGUGUGAUCAGAACUCUCACCCGGGCUCAUUGAAGCUGGUGCGAGAGGGUUUGAGCUCGCUGGCCUCCCACGUGGUCCACGACGUCCUCUUCGAGUUCUCCACCGCUCUGGCCUGUGUCCCUGCUCCAGUGGACUGCCAGUUCAGUGAUACUCAGGGUAAUAAGUACGACCUGAGUCACCUGACCCGGGACGGAGACGACAGCCCCUGGGUCGCCAUCGACACAGACUCGGUCAAAUCACGCAGCUUUUACAUCAACGUGUGCAAACCUCUUCCUCCCGUGAACAAGUGCCCAAUCGGCCCGUUGGGAGCCUGCGGUGUGAUCGAUGGUAAAAGUUACAACCUGGGAUACGUGCUGUCGACUCCACAGGUGGCAGAGGACGGCUCCAUCAGCGUCCUCUAUCUGAACGGAGACCUGUGUGGAGCCGCCUCCCGAUACUCCACACGCAUCAUCCUGCAGUGUGACGACAACCCGGGCUCCCCCAUGUUCGACCGUAAAGAUGGUUGUGAAUACGUCUUCAUCUGGAGGACGACUGAGGCCUGUCCCAUCAGGAAGUCUCAAGGUGAUUUGUGUCGGGUUCGUGACCCAAAGAGCGGCUACGAGUUUGACCUGAGCUCUCUGAAGGGACGUGAUUACCCGGUCGGGAGCGGACAGUACAUCUACCACCUGUCUGUCUGUGACGGGCUCCAGAGAGGCGUCUGCACCAAGAAAGACACCGGCAGCGAGACAGUGUCCUCCUGUCAGGCGGACGGAGACAAACACAUGAUUGCAGGAAUGGCAAACCAGAUUCUGAGCUAUGUGGGAGACCAGCUGAUCCUGAACUACACCAACGGAGACACCUGUCAUAAGAUUUACCAAAGAUCCACAGAGAUUUACUUCUCCUGCCACCCCAACAGACAUCCGGGAGUGCCACAGUUCAUCAAGGAGACUCCAGAAUGCACCUACCUGUUCAGCUGGCCCACCGCUCUGGCCUGCGUCCCAUUCAAAACCACCAGCUGCUCCUACAACGACGGUCAGGGCCACUCCUACGACCUUUCACCUCUGGCCUUGGACUCUGGGAACUGGGAGGUCGAGUCCUCGUCUGUGGACACGAGGAAUCGCUUCUACAUCAACGUCUGCAGGACGCUGACACAGCAGGGAGGUUCCUGGAAGUGUCCCUCCAGUGCAGCGUCCUGCAUGAAGGUGGGAGAGGAGUAUGUGAGUCUGGGGCAGGUGGAGUCCGGUCCCACGUUGGACGGAAACGUCCUGAAGCUGAAGUACAGCAGUGGACAGAUCUGUCCCGACGGACAGCGCAACAGGACGAGCAUCGUCCGCUUCAAGUGCGACAAAGACCGAGUGGACUCCCGGCCCACGAUGAUCUCUGCCCUUGAGGACUGUGUUUACACCUUCCUGUGGCUGACAGCUGCUGCCUGCCCUCUCAACAGCAGUGAACACGACGACUGCAAGGUCACCAACCCAGCGACAGGUCAUCUGUUUGACCUGAGCGCCCUGACGAAGGACGGCGGCUACACGGUCUACGAUCCCAAGGAUCAAAAAAAGAUAAUCCGCAUGAAUAUCUGUGGAAACAUGGCCAACGCCGGCUGCAGCCCCGAAACCGCCGUGUGCAUCAAGGACACCAGCACAGCGGUGAGCGGCGGUCAGGUGAGCAGGAAGCUGUCGUACAGGGAUCACGUCGUGGAGCUGACGUAUGAAGGAGGAAGUCCGUGCCCGGCAAACCCCGAACUCAAACACAGCAGCAUCAUCCACUUCAUCUGCAGACCACCGAACAUGGGCUCAGCCUCAGAAGAGCCGGUCCUCAUCGACUCCGAUGCCGAGACCUGCACACACAUCUUCUCCUUCCACACGCCGCUGAUCUGUGAACAGCCUGUGACGUGUUCGGUGCAGAACGGCUCCGCUCUGAUAGAUCUGACUCCUCUGAUCCACGUCAAUGGAUAUUACACAGCCACAGAUGAGGCGGAGAGUCAAAAGAAUGGAGCUUCAGACUUUUACAUCAAUGUCUGCGUGCCUCUGAACCCAAUCCCCGGCGUCACCUGUCCUCCUGGGUCUGCCGUCUGUGUGGAUCCGGAUGACGGACCACCGAUGGAUAUCGGGCGAAUGACCAAAGGCCCUGAGAUCGACAGCGUCACAGGGGACGUGAACAUCACCUACUACAGCUCCACCAGGUGUGCAGAGGACCCGUCACAGAACUACUCUUCAACCAUCAUCUUCACCUGCCAGAGAGGCCUGGACCUGGGCUCUCCACGGAUGCUCAAGCUAGAGUGCGUCUAUCUGUUUACGUGGGCGACGCCUGUGGUCUGUCCAGACGCCACCCACACCAGCGGCUGCCAGCUCACCGACUCCCAGCUCCAGUUCACCUUUGACCUUUCGGGCCUUUCUGCUGAAGUCCAGGUGCCAGGACCUUCCAGCAUCUACCACGUCAGCGUCUGUGGCUCGGUGGCGGAGCCGGCCUGUAAGAGCAGCGCGGUCUGCCGCGUGACCGGCUCCGGCUCGGACACGCUGGCCUCGUCGUUCGGAAUCAGCAAGGCCAUGACCAUGGACUACAAGCACGAGGAGCAGGCGGUGCUGAUGCAGUACGGAGGAGGAGAUGCCUGCCCGCCAUUGACCAGUGAGGGUGAGGUGUGUGUGUUCCCCUUCAUCCACAUGAAGAAGUCGUACACAGAGUGCACCAAUGACGGGAGGACAGACGGCAGGAAGUGGUGCGCCUCCACCGCCAACUAUGACACGGACAGGAAGUGGGGCUUCUGCACUGCAGCCUCGGCUAAGCGUCAGUCGUCCAUCUUGUUCACCUGUGACCAGUCGGCGGGCCACGGCUCUCCCCAGCUGGUCUCAGAGACGGCCGGUUGCUCCGUCACCUUCCAGUGGAAGACCAACGCGGUGUGUCCCCCGAGGAAGAUGGAGUGCAAGCUGGUCAGCCAGCAUCAGACCUUUGACCUGCGAGCCCUGUCCUCCCUCACCAAGCCGUGGAAGUUCAGCCACAAGGGAGAUUCGUAUAACAUCAACCUGUGCCAGGGGAUCCACGAUGGAUUACCAGCUUGUCCAGAUGGAGCGACCGUGUGUCGACUCACGGCAGCAGGACUGACUCAGACCCUGGGUCGAGUUUACACCCAGAAGAUGAGCUACUCUGAUGGAAAGAUCUCCGUCAGUUACUCAGCAGGAGACCGUGUCUGUAAUAACGGCGUGCAGGCGAAGACUGUGAUCCAGCUGAGCUGUGGCUCCACUGUGGGACACCCAGCACUCAUCAGUGUGGACGAGGCGUCCUGUGAGUUUGUGUUUGGCUGGGAGACUCGCUCGGCGUGUGCGGUGACGCAGCAUGAGGUGGAGGUGGUGAACGGGACGAUACAGGUUCCUGACACCGGGGCCAGUCUCAGCCUGGGAUCCCUCUACUUCAGCCAGCACCAGGCGUCUGGAGACAUCCGUCCCAACGGCGACCGAUACAUCUACCACAUCCAGCUGUCCGGCAUCACCAACAACUCACUGGGCAGCUGCCUGGGCGCCAACAUCUGCCAGUUGAAGCUCAACACAGCCUACAGUCGCAGGAUCGGCUCCUCCAGCAAAGCCAAGUACUACAUCCAAGGAGGAAACCUGGACGUGAUGGUUCCCUCGGAGUCGGCGUGUGGCCACGAGAAAACCAAGAUGGUGUCCUCCACCAUCAUGUUCUACUGUAAGCCGGCGGCAGGCGUGGGGAUCCCGGAGUUCGUGCUGGAGACGGCCGAAUGCCAGUAUCUGUUUGUGUGGCACACGGAGUCAGUGUGUGGUCUGACCCUGGACACGGCUGUGGCCGCGCUGCCGUCCAGAGCCGUGUCCAGGCGGAGCCAGGCCCUGGGGCCGCUGCUGAGCCUCCUGCUGGUGGGCGUGUCCGUCUGUCUGCUCGGGCUCCUGCUGCACAAGAGAGAGAGAAGGGAGCUGGUGAUCCAGAAGGUGUCCGGCUGCUGCAGGAGAGGAAACCAGGUCGCGUACAAAUAUUCAAAGGUCAACAUCGAGGACGAGGGGGGCGAGGAGGAGAUGGAGUGGCUGAUGGAGGAGCUGGACGCCCCCCCCACGUCCUCGUCCUCGUCGUCCCACCGGGGCAGGAGUCACCAGGGUAACGGUCACAUCAGGACCAAGCCGGUGAACACGGACGCCCUCCGCUCCUUCACGCUGGACGAGCAGGAGGACGACAGCGAGGACGAGGUGCUCAGCGUCCCGGGGGUGCAGGUGAUGAAGGCCAAGAACUCUGCGGCUCACCGCAGCAUCUUCCUUCAGGAGGAGAGUGACGAGGACCUGGUGGGACUCCUGGACGAGUCGGACCGGAAGAGGAAGAGCAACAAGCCACGCCCCUCGGGCCGCAGCCACGACCACAGCACGGCGUCCAACGUGAAGCGGGACGAGGACGACAGCGACGAGGACCUCCUCAGGGUGUGAUGUCACUCCCCCCCCCCCCGCUCUGUCCCUCCCCCUCCGUCCUGUCUGAACUCUUCUCUCUCAGUGAAUGUCUCCAUCACAGCAACACAACAGUGAAAAACCCACAACAUCUUGAAAUCAGUUGUUUUUGUUUUGGACUGCACCUUUCCUCUACUCCUCAGUCCACAGCCCGUCCACCCAUUCGCUCACGGUUCCUUAUUUAUUGAGAGCUGAUUAUUUAAAGUGUCUUUUCACUUCCUUCACUGCAGCCAAGUCAUCAGAUCAACCCAGGGCACAAACAACACCUUUUUAAAAUGUAUUGACUCUGCAGAGAGACACGUCAGGGAAAAGAUUCAAGUGAAGAUUAAAUUAUAUUAAAUAUACUUCUAUAUUAGUGUUGGCGACAAUACAUUUACAACUUUGAGGGGGUGAUUCACAGUUUGGGUUUUUAAUGACCUUUGGGGAAUUUGGGGCCUUAUGAGGAGAAGAAUAAGACGAGAUAUUGAGGAUAACGUUGUAGUUGAGAGGAAAUUCUGAAUGUGAAGCUUAUAUUUCAACUUUAUUCUCUAAAUCUCCGAUGUUUCUUCUCUCGUGGCCGUAAAAUAAUCUGUCGUGGGAAUCUGCGGUGAAACAGGGAAACUAAAGUCAAACGGCGAUCGAAGCAAACAGCAGGAUUCAGGCUUCAGGACGGAGGCCGAGGAGCCGUGUCCUUGUGUCCUUGUCUCCUCGUGUCCUUGUCUCCUCGUGUCCUCGUCUCUAAAGGGAAUGAGUCUUUCUCGCUGUUUACAGUUGCUAUAAGAGCAGAUAUCUUUUUCUCUUUCUUUCCCCCGUGAAAAGAAAGCGUGAUGCCUUCCUCAAUGAUGAAUUUACUUUUGCAUCCUCAUCAGUGAAUCAUCUCCAGCGACAGAUUGAUUUGUGAGACGUUGUACAUAAGACGAUAAUGUUGAAUAAUAAUGUGGAUUUUGUUUUCUCCUCACCGGUGAAAGUCUCAAACGUUUGUUGUUAUGAUUAUUUAAGUGUCGGAGCUGAUUUUCUGUCGGUGUCUCUGUUCUGUGUGGAACUAGCGACGGCCUUAAGUGUGAAUGGACGGACGGUGGAAGGGUUGAAAGUGAAACGUGAGAUGUUAGUUUAGCUUGUGUUGGUUUUCUGAACUCCUGCUAAAGCCAUAUUCCUUCAGCCACAGUCCGCUUGCGCGCUCGUACACGAACGGCUCAGUUUCCAUAUCCAGGUCUGUGAUGGUGGACGUGUCAAACGUGAGGUUUGAACUCGGUUUAACCAAGUUAUGUGCUGAAAUCUGCCCUUUGUUUUGCCAAAUGCAUGAAAUGAUAACACAAAAUGAAGAACAUAAAUAUAUCCAGACAUAUACAUUUAACACAUUUCUGCUUAAUUAUAUCAGAACUUAUGUUUCCUCAAAGGAUCCAGGGCUCAGCUAUUCAGGUUUAGUUAUUUCAUUGAUUCCUAAAUCCCACACUAACUGCAGUGUGUCCUUAUAGUGAAGAGGAGGAGUGAACCUGCACAGUAUAAACCAUGGACUGGGAAUAGGCCACCAGGGGGACAUCAGGACGCUGGGGCUUCACUUUGUGGAGCCGUCAUAUCCUCCAUCUUUAUUUCCAGUGUUUGGUGUAAGCACAGAAUCUCUGGAGCCGUCCCACUUGUGGUUUUCAUCAGGUGGAAUCACAGACUUACAAUUUGAAUUCACACAAACUCUGUGAAAUAGGUUGUGUAGAUGAGGAUGAAAUGUGCGAUGGUACGAAGGGCAUGAGGUCAAAUCUCAGUUUUCAAUCCACAGAAGCUCAAGUUAUUAACAGACAUGUGAUGUCAUCUCUAAAACAUCUAAUCAAUCACCAUUCAGGGUAUUUCUAAAGCUUUAUACGCAAAUUUGUUAAACCCAUUUUUGUAAAAUGUCCAAAAACUCUGACAGAAUAAUAAAAAAAAAGGCUUUAGCAUUAUUAACAUCAGUAUUUUAUAAGGAUGAGUUUGGGUUGUGCCAUAAGAGUGAAAUUUAAAAAAACACAAAUCUAAAAUCUUCAUGUUUCAGUCCCUCUGCUGCAGGAAGUCACCGAUGAUUCACGAUCACGUUAUGAAAUAAAUCUUUGUUUUUUCAUAUCUCGUUCUAAAAUCUCACUCGUCAUGUUUUCUGUUAAUAAUCGUCCGGAUCAGUCGAAUGAUUUUUCCUCUGAUCUGAAGUUAUUAAGUGUUCCACGGGUACGAUUUCCAAAAGCCAAAAACAACCAGAACCUAAAUAUGAUUGUCGAGCAAACAGUUGAAAAUGAAAUUGAGCCUGUUGCUCUCAGACGUUAUUGUUUUAAACAUUUGUAUUUAUUCAACUUCACGAUGUGGUGCCGGUGUUUUCCACUUUGUGACUCAUCUCUCCUGAGGAGACGUGGUAGCACUCCUCAUCCUCUGAUAAGUGAAGUCUUCUCCUCUCGUGAAGAUGUGAACAGACGUUGUUGUGCUUGUUCUCUGAUCGUCACUCCAGCAGAGACCUUUUGUUUUGUUUUGGAAAACUAACAACAAACUAAAAAAAAGCCCACGAGAUCUUUUCUGUGAUGAUUCUGGACGACGGGAGAUUCUUGUUCUGUUUUGUUUCGCUGUAAGUUCUGUUGUCUCGUAUGUUUUUUGUUUUGUUUUUCAGCUCUUUGCCCGUUUUCCUAUUUAAAAAGUGUAGAUGUAAAAAAAUAUUGCAUUAUUUGAAUAAAUAAGAGAUCUGCUGUUUA